CAUGGCCUGAUGUACUUGCAUCCUUUUCUAUAUAUCUAUUCUACGUCUUGUCUUACUCUCUUUUAAUCUCAUUAGCUGCGAAAAAUGCAAGGCCGCAGCCUUUAAAUAGCUGUCCAAACCCUUCUCCAAUUCCCCCGCACACCCAUCUGAUCUGCGUGACCAGAAGCGAACGCGAAGCGAACUAGAGAGAAUCUGAAUCCACCCAUCUCGCUCAAGAGCCAGGAAAGAGCGAAGAAGGGCCCCUUGUUUGGGUUGUGGAAGAGGGAGAGAAGGAUAGAGACGAGCCAAAACGGGGCUUCCACUGUGGAUGCUGGGGUGGGGUGUGGAGUUCUUGUGGGCCGAAAUGAAUCGCUUGCUCUCCUUGCUCUUCCACCAGGGUGUGCUGGAUGAGCAGUUCUUGCAGCUGCAACAGCUCCAAGACGAGAGCUCCCCGAACUUCGUGUCGGAGGUCAUCACCAUCUACUUCCACGAGUCCGAGAAGCUCCUCCGCAACCUCCGAUUGCUCCUGAUGGACAGAGAGCUGUCGGACUACAAGAAGAUGGAGAUACACUUGAACCAGAUGAUGGGAAGCAGCUCCAGCAUCGGUGCCAAGCGCGUCUGCAACGUCUGCGUCGCCUUCCGCGCCGCUUCCGAGCAAAACAACCACGCCGGGUGUUUGAGAGCCUUGGAGUUGCUGGAACAUGAAUAUUGCUACCUCAAGAACAAACUCCACGAACUUUUCCAGAUAGAACAGCAAAGAGCUUUGGCAUCUGGGGCUAGAUAUCCUGCACAUCAGAACUGAAGCAAAUGAGCAGCUCCUGCUGUGGUCGUACGUUCUACUCCGGCCUUCUGCGCAAGAACAAUAGAGAUUCGCUUAUUCGCCCUGCACGCACCAUGGAAGUGAAGCUCUGCGAAGGAAGGAGGGAGAUUAGGGGGUGACAUGUAACUCCAUUUGAAUGCAAAGAUUAAUGUACAAGUUGCAAUGUGGCUUUAUUAAAAUUAUGUGCGAGAUAAGGGGGCAACUUGUAACUCCAUUUGAAUGCA